GUCAUUGCUGUAAAACACAUUCGUGGGGACCAGUAUCACCGUUGACAGCAAUUACAAUCGCUGGGAUUAUGUUCAUUUAAUCGAUCACUUCUUGAUUGGUGCCUUCAUGUUGCUCCUUAUAAUCAAAUGAACAUUUCUUAAGAUUCGCCAGAUCUGAAGGGGAAUUUUGGACAGACAAGCUGAUCAUGAAGUGGGAUAUUUUACUCUUCUCUUGUGUUUUAGAGAAAAAUACUGGAUGCAUCCAUUGAACGGAGGUAUUUUCCGCUGGAUUAACAAAGGACAUUGUUUUUGAUACUUACUCUCCGUGCAUAAACACUGAUUUAUUGCCGUUUUCAGGUAACAAAGAUGUUCUAUUGAAGUCACAGGCGAAACAUCGUGUCAUUCGUUUAACCCAGUGCCUCAAUUGCAAAAUGCUGUGGUGCUGAUGAGAGACUGUUCCUCGAUAACAGUUUUUCACAACCCAGAAUGAGAAACAAAUAGCCUAGCUCUCCGUUUAAGCGAUGGAAACACUGUGAGGUUUCUUACUGAACUUGAGAAGCAUCAAAAGCGACUGCAACAGUCUCGAGACCCCAGAAAUUGUCACAUAAUAAUGGCAUGGGCUUCUGAAGUCGAUUGGAGCAUGGAGUCCGCAUUCCAGGCAUGCUAGAAGGUUUUACGAGACACGCUAAGAACCCUGUUUUGGACCCCAUCCUGAAAUGAGGCAAAAUGUUGAUGUGUGAAAGAGGAGUCCAAAUGCUCAUCACCACAAUAGGCGCGUUCGCCGCGUUCAGCCUGAUGACGAUCGCUGUGGGAACGGACUACUGGCUGUACUCACGAGGAGUGUGCCGGGCCAAAAGUAAUAACGAGAACGAGACGAGCAGGAAGAAUGAGGAAGUCAUGACCCACUCCGGACUGUGGAGAACCUGCUGUCUAGAAGGAACAUUUCGAGGUGUCUGUAAGAAGAUUGACCACUUUCCAGAGGAUGCAGAUUAUGAGCAGGAUGCAGCAGAGUAUUUACUACGAGCAGUGAGAGCGUCCAGCAUCUUCCCCAUUAUGAGUGUUGGGCUUCUGUUCAUGGGAGGUUUGUGUGUGGCUGCCAGUGAGUUUUACAGGAGCAGACACAAUGUCAUCCUCAGUGCUGGAAUCUUCUUUGUCUCUGCUGGCCUAAGUAACAUCAUCGGCAUUAUUGUCUACAUAUCUGCCAAUUCGGGCGACCCCGGCCAGAGUGACUCGAAGAAGAGCUACUCGUACGGCUGGUCUUUCUACUUCGGCGCACUGUCCUUCAUAAUGGCCGAGAUGGUGGGCGUGCUUGCCGUGCACAUGUUCAUCGAGAAACACCGGAAGCUGCGUGCAAAGUCUCGCACCGAGCUGAUCAAGAAGUCAGCCUUCAGCCGCAUCCCCAGCUACAGAUACCGAUUCCGCCGACGCUCCAGCUGCCGCUCCAGCGAGCCUGCCUCUCGUGACCCUUCACCCAUGGGCAAGAGCGGGUACACGGGCCCCGCUGCAGCAGACAUCUCUAUGUACACCCUGUCCAGGGAUCCCUCCAAGGCGGCAAUGGGUGCCUUGCUCAACUCCGAGAGGGAGUUUUUGCAGGCUCACAACUCCAACGCUAAGGACUUCAAAGAUGCGGCCAACAGGAGGACCACUCCAGUCUGAGAGAGGAUAAGCACAGAGAAAAGCUACAACCACAGACUUGAGCUAGACCCAAGCAGGAAGAAGAAUUCACCUGAGGCCUGCAGGGCUAUAACCCUCUUUCUAUAACAUUAUAUAUAAAUAUAGAUGGUAAUUGUUAGAUCAUUGGUGCUUCCUUUAAAUCCUCAUUUUUCAGUCACUGUUUCUGUCGUUUCACCUGACUCGCACAACCCUACCCCUAAGGGCUACUCGAGUAGAUUGCUAGUCCUCUCCUCAAUGUCAUUUGUUCUGCGAUUGGAGUUCCUGAAGUGCGCAAAGGUAGCCCAGCGAAACUGUGAAGCCCUCUGAGGGGAAGAAUUGUAAUGCUUCUGACAGACGAACUGAAAGGCUGUCCCGAUACUCGCCUUAUGCACACCUCAGUAGCCCAUAGCUGGUGAGUGCUGCCUCACACUCACAAGAUUGUAUACACUGUUGGUUUCUCUCCUGGGUCGGAAACUGAGCCCACAACUAGUGCCACUGUCUCAUGCUGAUCACCCCAACUCAUCCCACC